CGCCUCGCCUGGCAUGACUGUCAGCUUCAUCGCUGGCUGUGAUUGACUGCCAAGUUCAAUACAUUAAAUUCAUAUUUGUAACCCCGCGAUCGAGCUGGGCAGAUUAGGCAAAGAAAUCAAGUUAAAAGGGGCAGAGAUGCAUUUCCGCAGCUCUUCUGUGUUGUUUCGAGUGGUCAAUUCUAUUAUUGUAUCUGGGGUAGACUCACGUCAAUCAAGAUGGCCAGUACUGUUGCCGCUUCUGCGACUACACCGAGCGUCCCAACAACACCGUUCAAUUUUCCAGAAGAUUGUCUCACAUCACAGUCGAUAUGGGACAUCAGCGGCUACUGCUCGACAACGUGGGGUGACGGACUUUCGUCUACCACGUGGCAAUGUUCAUCGAUCAACUACGGCCCUCCUGAGCCGCCCGCAAGCUGUCUUCCCCAUCCCGAGGACAUCUACGGGUGUCCCUCGGGCUAUACAUCAGCCGGUUCGGAACCUUAUGGAACUUACGAUUAUUUUGGAAGCGAAAUCAACGAGUACACGUUCUGGUCGCAAGGAGUCUACAUCACUGCGGAUGGGGUGGUGCUAGUCACAGACUCAUGGUGCAGCGCCUAUAGCCCAACUAAACUCAACCACAUCGUCACGGACGCCUACCACGUCGACCUCAAGGGCAUCACUACCCUCGUUACCAGCACAACUCUCCUCGACGGCGUUAUGAGCAUGCAAGCCCGCCCUAUCACCUACGUCUAUGGCACCUACAAAUCCGGCGGCGAAGGCGUGUCCUGCGUCCCCUCCGAAUGUCCCCUUGUCUCCCCCACCGUGACCAAAACCAACCUUAGUAUCAUCACCGCGACCACAACCUUCACCCCCGCACCAACCUGUCUGGAACCGAUUAACAUCUGGGAAAUCCACACCAUGGUCACCGUUCUCUACUAUGACGACAAAGGCGGCUCCCUCCCCAGCUCCCUGGCCGUCUCCUGGACGCAACUCGGCCCCCGAAGCCCAGACCCGGACUGCUACCCCGCCUCGACCAAAUCCAACGAGGGCGCUUGUCCAGCAGGAUAUACCUACGCCGGCAAGCGCGAGAUGCGCUACGCUUUCAAUACCACUAGCACCACGUGGCGGGCCACUCCGACUUCCACGGUGAACGUCGAUGAGGUUGUGGAUGAGAUAUGCUGUCCUACGGCGCAUAAUUUCACUAUGGAUUACUUUAUGACCUUGGACGUGGAAUUUGGCACCUUUGUUGGGAAUGAGGGGCAGUAUGCGGCAAGAUGGCCAUUUUGUGCUACGACGUCUUAUGUGGAGGGUAAAGCGACGGGGUUCGAUAUAGUGGUUAGCUCCGAUGGCACUACAGAGGCAAGGAGCGGUGCUGCGGUUGGUCCGACGGUGGUAAUAUAUGCGCCGUAUGCGACAUUUCGGCAUUAUACUACUGACAUAGGUGGGUGGACUACUUGGAUCGCUGAUGAUGCGCCCUUUUUUGAUUCGAGUACUACGACUGCGUUUUUCGACUCGAGUGCCACGACUACGUUUUUCGACUCGAGUGCUACGACUACUUCGAGUACGUCGAAUUCUGAAACUACAAAUGCUGUAGCUACAGUUCUAACUGGCGGGACAUCGAUGAACGCUCCCUCGUUUACAUCCGUCUCUAAGUUCAUAACGACCGCUAUGUUCUGUUAUAUAGUCCUCUUUCAGUAG